AUGAGUUCCUACUUUGUAAAUCCUCUUUUUUCCAAGUACAAAGGCGGUGAAUCGCUGGAGCCAACUUACUACGACUGCAGAUUUCCACAAAGUGUUAGCAGGAGCCAUGCUCUCGUUUAUGGUCCGGGCACCACUGCUCCCACCUUCCAGCACCCUUCACACCACGUCCAAGAGUUUUUCCACCACGGAACCUCCAGCAUCUCCAACUCUGGAUACCAGCAAAACCCUUGCGCCUUGGCUUGUCACGGAGACGCUUCUAAAUUCUAUGGAUAUGAAGCUCUACCGAGGCAAUCGCUUUAUGGUGCUCAGCAAGAGACGACUGUUGUACAAUAUCCUGACUGUAAAUCGUCUUCCAACAGUAACUCUAGCGAGGGACAAGGGCAUUUAAAUCAAAAUUCGUCUCCCAGUCUCAUGUUCCCAUGGAUGAGACCUCACGCUCCCGGAAGACGCAGUGGCAGACAAACUUACAGCCGGUACCAGACCCUGGAGUUAGAAAAGGAGUUCCUCUUCAACCCGUAUUUGACACGGAAGCGGCGGAUUGAGGUCUCUCACGCCCUGGGACUGACCGAGAGACAAGUGAAGAUCUGGUUCCAGAACAGGAGGAUGAAGUGGAAAAAAGAAAACAAUAAAGAUAAGCUGCCGGGGGCCAGGGAUGAGGAGAAAACGGAAGAAGAAGGGAAUGAAGAAGAGGAAAAAGAAGAGGAGGAAAAAGAAGAAAGCAAGGACUGA